AUGCAGGCCGCUCAGAGGGAAACCGCUGUUUCCAUACCCCUUACACCGACGAGAUCGGAUCUCUAUUGGAGAAGGAUCUUUAACAAGUACGACAAAGACAACGACGGUCGAAUUUCGUAUGUGGAGCUGAAGAAUAUAAUCGAAUCCCGGGAGUACGACCACGACCUUCCGGACAAUGUCGUGGAGAAGAUCAUGUCGCUGGCUGACAGGGACAAUUCUGGUUACCUCGAGUUCGCGGAGUUCGUGGAUAUGAUGCACAACCCGGCUUUUAAGGCGGUGUUUGGACACUUCGUGGCCAGAUACAUCCACUCCAUCAUACCUCACAGAGGCCCAGUAGAUACUACAGGAAGGUGGUCAGGGUUCCAGCCAGUCUCGUCCUCAGAUGGCGUCCGAACUCGUAGCAAGGCAGUAUUCACGUACACAGACGGCACUUACGAGGAGGAGUACACCUGCUGGCCGCCCGCGGUCUCCAUGAUCAUCAUCUCUCUGGUGGAAAUAGUGCUCUUCUGCUAUGAUGCGGCGCAGGGGAAGACCGCUGCGACGGGACCCAUCGCUAAGCUGUUCCUCUACAACCCGAGGAAGAGGCACGAGGCGUGGAGGUUUUUGACAUAUAUGCUGGUGCAUGUUAAUGUAGUACAUCUUCUAGUCAAUCUUCUGGUGCAGCUAUUUCUUGGAGUGCCACUGGAGAUGGUCCACAAAUGGUGGAGAGUGGUGCUGGUGUAUUUGGCUGGAGUCGCAGCUGGCUCCUUGGCCACCAGCCUGGCCGACCCCAAGGUCUACCUAGCGGGAGCUUCGGGGGGUGUCUAUGCAUUGAUCACGGCUCAUAUAGCAACUAUUAUCAUGAACUGGGCAGAAAUGGAGUUUGCAAUAAUACAGUUGUUAGUAUUCGUUCUGCUGGCCGCCGUGGAUGUAGGAACGGCGGUGUACGACAGGUACUGGAAGCACACACAGCAGAACAUCGGUUACGUGGCUCAUCUAGGAGGGGCCAUAGCUGGACUACUAGUCGGCAUCGGCGUCCUAAGAAACCUCGAGAAGAGAAAGUGGGAGAAGCGGUUGUGGUGGGCGGCGGUUAUCCUCUACUUCUCAUUGAUGAUUGCCGGUAUACUUGCCAAUAUCUUCUGGGAGUCCAGAUUCCUGUAA